GUUUAAGAUUUGCAGAAGACCCACGCUGAGAGACAUGGCAGCAAUCCCGCUGAGCGGCUCACUCAUGGCCACGCACAACUACUACAGAAGGCGCGUGAGUUCAACAUCGAGCAACAGCUCCUGCGGCAGCUCGGACUACGCUGGGGAGGUCAUCCCGCACCCCCCGGGUAAGUGCCGUCCGGCAAUGCAGUCCCCAGCUCUGACCGUCCACCCUGCAACUACAGAUCCUCCUGACGGUGCUUCCCCUGCGUCCGGCUAUGUCAAGAGGGACUUCCUGCAGGAGGCCAAUGUGUCCGAGCAGGACAGUGCAUGCUCUCCCUGUGGGCGGGCAUGA